GCUCCCGCUCCGCUACCUCCCACGCCGCCGCCGCCGUCCGCGCCAGGCCCGGCGGAGGAACCGGACAGCAGCCAUGGCGCAAGCGGAGCCCGUCCGGAUUCCAGGGAGAGACCAGCCAAUUAGCGACCAGAGGCCUCCCGCCCCUUCUCCUUCGCUCCAGCCAGAGGCCGAGAGGAGCUCAUACCUGUACUCCACCGAGAUCACCCUGUGGACUGUCGUGGCCGCUAUUCAGGCCUUGGAGCGGAAAGUGGAUUCCUGUGUGGCGCGCUUGCUGACCCUGGAGGGGCGCUUCGGGACAGCAGAGAAGAAGCUGGCCGACUGUGAGAAGACAGCUGUGGAGUUUGGCAAUCUGCUGGAGGGCAAGUGGGCCGUGCUGGGCACCCUGCUGCAGGAGUACGGGCUGCUGCAGCGGCGGCUCGAGAAUGCGGAGAACCUGCUGCGCAACAGGAACUUCUGGAUCCUGCGGCUGCCCCCCGGCAGCAAGGGCGAGGUCCCCAAGGUGCCCGUGACCUUUGAUGAUGUGGCCGUGUAUUUCUCUGAGUUGGAGUGGGGCAAGCUGGAGGACUGGCAGAAGGAACUCUACAAGCAUGUGAUGAGGGGCAACUACGAGACGCUGGUCUCUCUGGAUUAUGCCAUCUCCAAACCAGACCUACUCACCCGGAUAGAGAGGGGAGAGGAGCCUUGUCCUGAAGAACCCUGGAGCCAAGAGAAGGGGAGUGCAGAGGAGGCAGCCCGCACAGGGGAGCCAGACACUGGCCUCCCUCCAUGUCCAGAGCGGGCCCCUAGCCCAGCCAGUCCUGCCCAGGAGGAGCCAAAGGAAGGGCAGGUCCCUGAGCAGCAGCCAGAAGGAGAAGCAAGAAUGAGUCCACCUGGGCCGAGUACUGGUGGUGGUGUGGCCAUCAAGACAGAAGCAGUAUCUGAGGACGAGAUGGUGUCUGAGCAGCUCCUCCUGGAGUCCCGGAGCCAGCCCAAGUGUAGAAUCCCCAAAGGGCCCAGGACUAGAGGCCCCAGGCAACAUCAUGCAAAGAGUGUGGCUGGGGGACAGGUGGGGGACCCGCCCAAGACAGCAGGGGCUGUGGGGGAGCCAGCCCGCGUCCUUCCACGACCACGGGAGCGGGUGUUCCCCUGCCCUGAGUGUGGGCAGAGUUUCCGCUUAAAGAUUAAUCUGAUAAUCCAUCAGCGGACUCAUGUGGAGGAGGAACACAGGGAGGUUUGGGAUGCUUCUCCCCUCAGAUUGGGGGAAGACCAAACCACACUGGAACCAGGAGAGGUGGUAGUGCCCGGCCCUGUCAUCCGUUGGAUACCUGAGGAGCCCACGCGACACCGCUCCCUGGCAAGCCGUGCCUUUAUGGGGCAGAGACCAGCAGCCACCAAAGUGUACCACUGCAGUGAAUGCCUGCGCUUCUUCCAGAAGCGGAAGAGCCUGCUGCUGCACCAGCGCCUGCAUACGGGCAACAGCCAGGGCCGGCCUGCCUGUCCCUACUGUGGCAAGACCUUCCGCAGGCCCUCAGACCUCUUCCGUCACCAGCGCAUACACACUGGCGAGCGGCCCUACCAGUGUCCGCAGUGUGGCCGGGCCUUCAACCGGAACCACCACCUGGCUGUGCACAUGCAGACCCAUGCCCGAGGCCAGGCAGGCCUGCGCUUACUCAUGUCCUCUGCCAGUCAGGGAAGUCCAUUCUUGCAGGAUCCUAGCUCUGCAGAGGAGGGCUGACACGCAGGAGCCUGCCAGAACAUGCUCUGAUUCUCCUGGGUACCCUGACAAGACCGUCACUCCAUCUUGAGGCUUUUCCCUUGUGCCUGACCUGCUGCUAGUCCCUCAUUCUGGGAUGGCUUUGGAGAGUCUUUUCAUUCUAAUGGGAAGAAGCAACAUUUUUGGUGACGGUGUGUAUAUGUGUGUGUGACAGGGUGCCUGUAUUUCCUAAUUCCUGUGUCACCCUUGCCUGCCUUUUGUAUUUUCCUGACUUGUGAAGGAUUCCUUAAGGUUUAAGAGAUGCUCAUUUUUGGUGCACCCUUUGGGUGGUACCAGUUAGGAGGAGAGACUGUGUCCCUUUCAAGAUAGGGCCAUAGAUUGCUGAGACAGCCUUGGAUUGGAUAGUGUGUAGUCCAUUUGAGAAAAAAACAGAGUAGACAGGUGGCCAAGGGGAGGAAAUUUUCAUUUUUUAUUGUUACUUUGGGACACUCCCCUUCUUAGUGAAUCUGGAAGUAUUGUGCAAUAGGGAGAGCUGAGGGGCAAGAAUUUUCUGCCAGCUCCUCCAUGUGAGGCUGAUUGAGUGAGUGUGACCUGCUAUGGGCUUUGAUGGAGAAGCCUGGGCUACUGUCCUGGAAGCACAGCAUCUCACAGGUGUGCUGACUGGCCCAGGGCGGCUGGUGGUCUUAGUUCUUCCCCACAGGCGGUCUUCUUCGUUACAUUCCCUGUGAAUUGAGAGGGAAAUGGAAGUCACAGAUGGGCUAACAGUGUGGUUGACCCACUGAUUGGACCUACUGAGAUGCCUUUCCAAGCUGUAGCACCAUCCUAGAAAGGCUUUCCCUUAGACAAAGACCCAAGUCUCAAGGAGGCUAGUUAGCCAACCUGGACUCAUUAGUAAAAGGUUUUGAGCUUUGGGGCCCAAGCUGGUCUCAGAGGUCUGGGGAAUCCCCCCCCCCCUUCAGUUUGGGGCUUUGCUCUCCCUUGUUGGUCUCCAGCACUUUUCUAGGCAUAAGCCCUCACAAAGGACCUUCUUUUUGGGGAGUAGAAGUUCCCCUAGGUUCUGGGAGGUAAGAUUUAGCCACUGGGCUGGUACCCCAUGGACUCUUUUACCAAAGCACAGUUCUAAUGGAAGUUCAGGCAAUAAUUUCUACCACGUGGAAUCUUCAAGAUGGUUCCUUGUACCUCUUAGUCACACACUACCCUUGGUGUGGGUGCUUCUGAAGCUGGGGCACUUCCCCACCCCCAAUUCUCCUCAUUGCUGUCUUGUGUGACAUCCAGAGGCCAGGGCACAUUCAGGCCUGCUCCUGGGUGCUUGCUGUGUAACUUCCUGAUGCCCUUCUGACCUUCACUGUUCCACAGUUCAGCCCUGAUUCUGGCGAGGCACCACCUCCUGUGCUGUGGAUCCUACAGGUGUGCCUUCCCAGCCUUUGUGCCCCGCCAACAGUACUCAACCCCACGUGGCACAAGGGUAGCUUCUCCGAGCUUGUCAGCUGCAAGACCUCUUAGGUGUUCACUGAGUUUGGCAGAGAUAACUAAGCUUCUAGGCCUGAUUUUCUAAUACUAAACGCCCUCUGUAAGCAACAGGUACUCUGUACUCAUAAGCACAAGGUUCAGGUGUGUGCUUUUCAUUUUUUCUUUUUGUUUUGGUUUGAGGCAAGAUCUCACUCUUGAAACUCACUCUGUAGUCCAGGCUGGCCUGGAUUCCUCUGACCUCAGCCUCUGAAGUGUUGGGAUUAA